UUUUUUUUUUUUUCUUUUUCUAGAAAGAAAGAUUUCAUGCCGACUGAUGAUGUAGAAGAAGGGCAAAGACAUGCCACACUUUCCUAUUCGAUUCCAUCCUUCUUCUCCAUACUUGAUACCUCUCUUGUUAUACCGAACAAAAUAAGCAUGGCUCGUGAUCAAUUGGCUGGUGAACGCAAUUUCCUCACCUUUUUACGAUUCUCUUGCACUCUUAUUAUUCUUGGAUUUACAAUGUUGAUCGAAUUUCGUUUACCUUAUAAAACUAGCAGUUCAUCUUCACCAUCCAACAUUGACGCGAUAUCUCAACCCCUUGGCUAUUGUUUCGUGGCUGCUGGGUUUUGCCUAUUUCUAUAUGGUGUUGGGCGUUACUUCUUCAAUCAACGAGCUCUUAUACGUGAAGUCAACUUUAUUCAAGCUGGCUGGUUCAGUUUGACUGUGAUGGUUUUGCUGGGUUCUUUUGCAAUAGGUGUGAUGGUCGUACUCUCUAUCAACUCUGCCAUGUUUUCCAAAUCUUCCUGAUAUCAUAUUCCCUUCUUAUGUCAAAUCCAUUUUCAAUCACUUUAUAGGUAAUCUCUUUCUCUAUCAUUUCGUCAACUCCCCCCUCUGCUCUACCAUAAUUGGUAAUAUGUAUAUAGUGUAUAUCUUUUUUUUUUUUUUUUUCAUUAUUAUCAAC